AUGAAAUUAAUAUUUUUUAUUUUAUUUUUAAUAUUAUAUGCUAAAAAUGCAUAUUGCCAAAUAUAUAGGCAAUUCUCUAUAAACGGAUGCACAGAGGAAAAAAUUGUUUAUCUAGAUGAGUGUGCUCCAUUUAGAUCUUGUAAUGCAAGGAUGCAAGUUCUCUAUAGUUCUGCAGAGGACGAGUACAGACUAUAUGUUUAUUACCAUACAGACGAGACAUGUUCGGGAGAAGUCAUUGAAAGCUGUCAAAUUAACUGCAAUAGUUCCAAGCCGUUCACACAGGGAUAUGUAAUGGUUCAGUGCCAAGAGUCAACGUUACCAAUCGAAUAUUCUUCUUUCAUAGUCGAAAGCGGUCCAUCAUGUUUAGAAGAGAUUGAGUUGAAUAGCUGCAAAUCUAAUUGUUUGGGUAAUGUAAAAAUUUCAAGAAAUGAAACUAUCUACGAAGGUUACUAUCUAUCCGUUUAUGACAAUGAUAAAUGUGAAAAUGAUCCGACAUCCAAGGAAAAUUUCAAAUGCUUACCUGAUAGAGAUGUUGAUUUGACUGGUGCCGCAAUUGCUUGUAAAUACAGUUCCAAUUAUGGAUAUAUCUUUCCAAUAGAUAAAAGCAACUAUUUUUGGAAGUUUAAAAUAAAAUAA